AUGGAUUCUCUAACAAAAUCAAUCAACCAAUUUGCCUUGGAAUUUGGCAAAAAGCUAGCUGAAUCUGCUGAGGGUAAAAAUAUCUUCUUUUCUCCCUGGGGCAUCUCGACCUCCUUGGCCAUGGUAUAUUUGGGCACCAGAGGUACCACUGCAGCCCAAAUAGCCCAGGUACUUCAAUUUAGCAGAGAUCAGGACAUCAAAUCUCAUCCUGAAAGUGAAAAGAAAAGGAAAACGGACUUCAACUUGGGGAAGGUUGAAGAAAUACACUCGGAUUUCCAGACACUCAUCUCUGAAAUCAAUAGUCCCAGCGAUGCCUAUGUACUUAAAACAGCCAAUGGACUAUACGGAGAGAAAACUUAUCCAUUUCUUAAUAAAUAUUUAGAAGACAUGAAAACAUACUUUGGUGCAGAGCCACAGUCUGUUAACUUUUUGGAAGCUGCUGACCAAGUCAGAAAGGAGAUCAACUCUUGGGUGGAAAGCCAGACAGAGGGAAAAAUUGUGAAUCUCCUACCUGAAGAUGAAGUGGAUUCUGCAACCAGAAUGGUUCUGGUGAAUGCCCUUUACUUUAAAGGAAUCUGGGAACAUCAAUUCUUAGUCCAAGACACCACAGAGAAGCCUUUCAGAAUAAACAAGACUACAAGCAAACCAGUACAAAUGAUGUCAAUGAAGAAAAACCUUCCCAUUUUUCACAUAGACAAGCCACAAGCUAUUGGCCUCCAACUCUACUACAAGAGCCGUGACCUCAGCCUGUUCAUUCUGCUGCCAGAAGACAUCGGUGGGCUGGACCAGCUGGAAAAGGCCGUCACCUACCAGCAGCUGAGUAAGUGGACAAGCGCAGACAUGAUGGAGCUGUACGACGUGAAGCUGCACCUUCCCAGGUUCAAGCUGGAAGAGACUUACGAUCUCAAGUCCGCCCUAAGGAGCAUGGGGAUGAGUGACGCCUUUACCCCGAGCAAGGCUGAUUUCUCGGGGAUGUCGGCAGAGGGACAGCUGUUUCUGUCCAAUGUUUUCCACAAGGCUUUUGUGGAAAUAAAUGAACAAGGGACAGAGGCCGCAGCAGGUACGGGGAGUGAGGUGGAGUUUCGAAUUAAACUCCCCUCCAUUGAGUUCAAUGCAGACCACCCAUUCCUUUUCUUCAUCAGGCACAACAAAACCAAGAGCAUUGUCUUUUACGGGAGACUCUGUUCCCCCUAG